CUUUACUGAUUAUUUGGCUGCAUUUUGUAAAAUUUCUUUUCACCCGCGGGCAUGUGGUGAGAGAUUUUGAGUUUGGUCUGGACCUCCAGAAUUCUCCUUUACUGAACUGAGACGAAAGAGGGAUGUGAGGGGAGUGAAGUUUGCAAACAGCAGGCACAAAUGAUUGUGAAGCAAGGAGUCACAAAGCAUUCUGAAAAAUAUCGCAGACUGUUUGAGCCCACAGCAGUGGGACGGCCAGAUUAAGGACACACGACAGGCUUUUGAGAUUCUUGAUAUCUAGUGGUUGACGGACAUGAACAGGGACUUUACAGAAGGCAAGUGUGAGGUGCCCGUGAGUGUGUACUGUGGGAGGAUGCAGAAUAAUGAAGCACCCCUCAAUCUUAUUCGCAGUAACAGUGUGGAUUCUAAUCUCCAUUUACAGAGAGGAGGCUGGCUGUCCAAAGGCAAAGCCAUUCUUCAGUCCAGUCUGAACUUGCCCCUGAAGAAAACCCGUUUUGUAAAGAGCACCGAGGGAGGUCAGCAGUCCGUGGGUGGCUGGCUUUUGGACAGUAAUAAUUUCUAUCACUUGCUCGAUGGCAACAGAUCACAGGCUGCUUCUCGUGUUCAUGGCUACAGUGUGAAGGUUGACUGGGCUGAGGCAGAGGCUGACGGUAGCCAUCCCUCCCUCGAUACACUUCAACUUAAAAACAAACUCAAACGACGAAUGUCAGAAAUCCUGCCGCAAAAGAGUUCAUUCGAGACAGUACAUCCCUUGAAGCCCCCUCUGUCCCGGCCUGCUUCGCAGCGAGUCCUGAAUGCCACAGAGCCCAUCCCACCUAUCGAGGUGAAGACCAACUCUGAAGCUAAUGAGGCCUACGAUAAUGACCUUCCCUCAAAAGAUAAGAAUGAAGAAGGUCCUGUUGGCAAGUUCCCAGGAUGUUCACCUAUGGAAGCCGGAGAGGGGCAUGCUGUAUCUGUAAUAGUUCCUGAAGAGAUUAAGAUCUCCCUUCAGCAACUGCGGAGCAGCGCUGAGAAGAAGCGAAAAUUGCUGGGUGCCAGUUUAUCUCAGUCAUCUUUGAAGUUGCCAAGUUCCGAUGAGAUCAACUUCCAGCCACUAUCUUUCAGAUCUCUGCAGCUGGACAACAGGACACAAAGCCUUCAUGCCAUUGUGACUCCUUUGAAGAGGGAAUCAGUCACACAAGGAUUGUGUUCAGACUCUGAAGACCAGGAGACACAGCUUCCAGCUGACUGCAGCACACAACUGAAGGAGGCUAAGCAGAGCAGGAACCGAGUGAAAUCUGCCCCGAUAACUGGAGGAAUGGCAAUGAGGGAAGGCACAUGCAUUCCUCAAUCCACAACCCAUCAGGACACUGAACAUUGUAUAGACCAAAGCACACCAUUUUCAGCCAAGAAGGACAAAAGUGAAGGGCCAUCACUGAACCAGACUAUGGUCAUCUCAUUCAGACUGAGUGCAGAAUCAGGUCCAGAAGUGAGUAAACAGGAAUCAGUGGAGGAUGCAGAAACGGAGAAUGAAGAAAGACUAUGUCACAUGACAAUCUCCAAGUCAGUGCAGGAGAAGAUGCAUCAGAAACGGAGGGAAGAGAUGGAGCAGAGACAACAACGGAAGGAAAGCGAGCAAAAACAGCAGCUGAGAGAGCAACUGCAGGACAUCACACUCCACAGGGAUACUGUCCCAGUUCUGAGGUUACUGAACAGUAGGGAAUUCAGCAAGACCAGUCUUAGCUCUACUCUCAAUAAUGGCAGUUCAUUGCGAAAACGAAUCAAUCGUCCUUCGCUGCCGAGCAUCCCAAAUAUCAUUCAGACCAACAAUGUAUCUCGACAUUUCUCAGCUCAGUCACUGCCUGGCUUCCCUUUGGAUUCCCCAGAAGGAGAUGCAGAAAUGGAUGAUGAAGAAUUCCUGGAAGUGCACUCAUUCACCCGACAGGAGCAAGGAUUGACCGAGGCACUGAAACUCCUGGCUAACAGCGAUUGGGAAAUGAAGAGGAAGGGGUUAUCAAGUGUUCGAUGCUUGGCUCGAUUCAAUCAGGAGCUUCUCCUCACAAAGCUUCAUGCUGUCUGCUUGGCAGUGACAAAAGAGGUCAAUAAUUUGCGUUCGAAGGUUUCCCGCUCAGCCAUCUUGUCUCUCGGUGAACUGUUCUCUCAGCUAAGGAGAAACAUGGAUCAGGAAGUGGACGAAGUGACCAGAAUCCUGCUUCACAAGACGGGCGACUCCAACGAGUUCAUCCGGGAGGAGGCGGCCAAGGCGCUGGCUGUCAUGGCAGAGAAUGUGAGCCCAUCGCGGGCACUGACUGCCCUUAUCGCAGGCGGUUUAAAUCAUCGUAACACCAUUGUUCGGAAAUGCACUGCUGAAAAUUUGCUGAGCAUUGUUGAACGUCUUGGAGCUGAGAGACUCUUGUCGGGGAGCAAGGACAAUAUGGACCAGAUAGUCCAAGCAAUGGUGAAAUUCUCCCAGGAUGGGAAUCAGGAUACCAGGUUUUAUGGUCGGAAGGCGCUGAACGUUUUGAUGUCCCACCCAGAGUUUGAGAGACACAUGGACCGCUCGCUUCUGUCUCAGGAUUUGCACCGCAUCAUCACAGCUAUAAAACAGCGGGGAGCUGCCUUUUCCGAACCUUAUUCACCGAAGGGUAGAAGCUCAAGGAUCAACAGUUCCUUAAAACAUCAGGAGAGUAUACCAAAUACUGGAAGGGCAGAGCUGGACACACCGCGACAGCAGGGACUGUCACCACGUCGAUCAAUCAUUCGGGGAACAGAAGCCGUGGAGCAGGUGAAGCAAAUGAACAAGCUGCUGUCUUCUAAAGAGUUCCAGGAGAGGAUACAGGGCAUUUCACUGCUGCUUCAACAUUGUGAGACCAACCCAGGCUUCGUCACCUCCAACAUUGUGAAUAUAUUUGAUGUCUUCAUUCCAAGACUUCAGGACUCGAAUAAGAAAGUGAACCAGUUUGCACUGCAGUCCAUGUCAACAAUGAUCCCAGUGCUGAAGGAUGAUUUGCACCGGGUCUUACAUUCGAUAGUCAUUGUGGUCACUGACAACCUGAACUCAAAGAACACGGGCAUUUACACUGCAGCUGUGCACGUCCUCGAUACACUGAUUGAUCAUAUAGACAACUUACUGCUCCUUCAGCCCUUCACCAGCAGAGUGCAGUUCAUCAGUGGCCGUGCGAUGCAGGACAUCAUAGAGCGACUGUCAGUCCUUGUGCAGCCAGUGUAUUGUCGAAAGCCUCAAACCGUGGAGCGGUAUGUUUUGCCUGUACUCUGGUACCUACUGGGCAAUAUGACUGGGAAUGGAGUGAUCAAGGGUGGAAGCAGGAAUGUGCGUGGCGUGACGGCCAAACUGGCAACCAACCUGCACCAACACAUGGGUACUAGCCUUCAGGAGUAUGCAGCGAGCCAGCCAACACACGUCAUCAAAGCACUGCGAGAGCUGUCCGAAAAGGAGCUUUAAUCACACAGCCCAUCACAUCAGGACCAUCUCGAAUCUGGGGUUGCCAAGCCUCCAGGAUUAUCCUGGUGUUUGCAGGAAUUAAUGGCCAUUCUCAUGGAGACAGUCCUGAGAAGGAUCAGAGAAAAAUAACAGGGCCCCUUUUCUGAAAAAGAAAACUACCAUUUUAACAACAAGAAUUAUUUGAAGGCUUUUAUUUGUUAAUUGCAGUGAUGGAUGAAGGUGGGCAAUAGGUUGGAGGUCAUUCAAGCAUUGUCUAAAUGAAAAAUUCACUUUCUCCUUGGAGGAUAACCAUCAUGAGGGUUGGCCAAUGACACGAGUGUGGGGCUGGGGAGGUUAAUGGUGGACAUAUGUUUUUUUUUGUUGCAGAAGUGGAAUCUGAUCAAACCAUUAAGAAAAUUUGUAAUGUGUGCGCACAAACACACACACACAUGCAUAUACGCAUGCAUUUAAACAAACACAGAGAAUCUCUCUCAUACUUACACUGUCAUUCUCUUGCACAUUCUCACUCUCACACAUAUGCACAUUCACUCUCAUGCAUACACUCGUACACAAUGUCACACUUUCUCUUCACUUUCUCACAAAAACGUUCUUUCUCUCAAGCAGACGCAUACAUUGACUUGCUCUGGCAAUGUUCAUGAAGGUGCAUUAUAUAAAAAUUUUGUUACCAGUCCUUGAUAGGCUGCAUGGUUUGUGUCUCCUGAGCUGAAGCUGGGUGGAGAGGACAGAAAUUGCCUUUUGUUUCAAAAAAAAGGUAAAUAUCUAUGUUCUGUUGGCUCAGAUGGCUGGUUUACAAUGCAGAGUGCUGCCAACAGUAUAGGUUCAAUUCCAGCAUGGGCUGAGGUUACCAUGAAAGACUCUUCUUCUCAAUCUCUCCCCUUGUUCUAGGUGUGGCGACCUCAGAUUGAACCACCAGUAGUCAUGUCUCUCUCUCUAAUGGCAAAGCAUCUCUAUGGUCUUCUGAGGCAAUGGCAACUUAACUUUUCAUGUAGAAAAUGCGUAACUUGUUAAUGUGCUCUAGAACAUUGAUGUUUGUAAGACUUUAAUGCAUCUCUUUUUUUUGUAAUAUUUUAUUAUUGGUGCAAGAUGACUUUGCAGUUGAUAUUGUCAUAUGGCAUUUAGCAUAAACCACAAUGAGCCACCUAUGCAUGAUUGUCCAAGUUUAAGCGACAACAUGUGGGGGUCUUGUUUUCAAAGUUGAACUGUCAGAGCUGUACUAAAGCUGAAAGGCACACAGUAAUGUUUUGAGUAAGUGGUACGUUUACCAGCUUCUUUCUGCUCCAAAGAAGGGUCAUUUCAGCCUUUAAAUAUUAACUCUGUGUGUGUCUCCACAUAUGCUGCCAGACCUGUUGAGUAUCUCCAUUCACUGUUUUUAUUUCUCAUUUUCAGCAUCUGCAGUAUUUUGCUUUUAUUUGCAGGACUUGAUUUAUCCCAUUUGGAAGGACCAGAGGUUUUGAAAACAAAAAUGUUCCUUGUCUUUGGACUGCCACAGGAAUUCUAACCUUUGUAGAACCGGAGUGGUGGGGGACCUGUGAAGGAGGAAGGAAGGUGCAUGGUGAAAGUUUCUCAGAAAAUAAUGCGUAUUGCAACAGGAUGUAGCCUGGAGAAGGUCAUGAGUACCCCUUACAGGUGGAUCUGUAACUACUCAAGACAUCUUCCUACAAAAUCCUAGAAAAGAUCUCACUAACUUUUAAAGGGGACCCAAUAAAUUUCGGUGUUGGCUGGGGGUAAGCUUGGUGAGCUGCAAUAGUGUUCAUAAGUGGGGGAACACUUUGGGACCAGUGAUCAUAAUUUUACUGGUAUUAAAAUAGUUAGGGAAAAGGAUAGGCCUUGUAUAAAAAUUAAAGUUCUUAAUUGGAGUAAGGCAAAUUUUGACAGAACGAGGCAAGAACUUUCAAAAGUUGAUUGGAGUGGAUUGUUCACAGGUAAAGGGGUGACUGGCCAGUGGGAGGUUUUCAAAAGUGAGAGUUCAGAGGCAUUGUAUUUCAGCUAGAGUGAAGGAUAAGACCAGUAAGAGUAGGAAACAAUGGAAGAAUAAAGGCAUUGAGGCUCUAGUCAAGAAUAAGAAGGAGUCAUAUCUUAGGUGUAGACAACUGGCAUCCAGUGAAUCUCUUGAUAACAAAAUGUGGAGCUAGAUGAACACAGCAGGCCAAGCAGCAUCUUAGGAUUCUCCAGCAUCUGCAGUUCCCAUUAUCUCCAGUGACUCUCUUGAUGACCAUAGGCGUUUAGGGGCAUUCUUCAGGAAAUCGGGAUGGCAAGAAAGGCGAUAUGAGAUAGCAUUGGCAGGUAAGGUUAAGGAUAAUCCAAAGAGACUCUACAUGUACAUUAAGAGCAAAAGACCAACUAGAGAGAGAACAGGGCCCCUUAAAGGUCAAUGAAAUUGUCUAUAUGUGAAACCACAGGAGGUGGGUGAGAUACUGAAUGAAUAUUUCAUGUCAGUCUUUAGCGUGGAGAAAGAAAUGGUGGCUAGAGAAUUUGGGGAAAUAAACACUGAUGAGUUGAAAACAGUCCACAUUACAGAUGAGGAAGAGCUAAAGGUCUUAAAAAGCGUAAAGAUAGAUUAAUCUCUGGGACCUGAUUAAACGUAUCCCAGGACGUUGUGGGGAGUUAGAGAAGAAAACUUGGCUCCAGACCAAUCAAAAAAAGGUAAGGAGCUGAACCUCAAAUGGUGAGUUGAGUGUGACUAACCUUGACAUCAAUGCAGAUUUUCACCCACUAAGGCAUUAAGAGGCCCAAGCAGGAGUCAUUUGGAAUUGUGGAAACUCUUCGUUCAAUGGAGACACUUAAUAUAAAGGAACAAACAAAAAAACUUUGUUAGAAAAACUCAGUUCUGGCAUCAGCUGUGGAGGGAAGAUGGAUCACAGGACUCUAAAAUUAUCUCUGUUUUCUCUCCAUAGACACUGCCAGACCUGAUGGGUUUCUCCAGCAGUUUCUAUUUUUGUUUGUUUCAGAUCUCCAGCAUCCACAGUUUUUUAAAACCAGCACAAAGGAUGAUGAUUGAGGUUGUCACCUCAGUUCCUAGGCAUCUCUACAGAAAUCCUCAGGGUAGACCCAACCAUCUUCAGCUACUUCAUCUAGGAGCUUCCUACCAUCUUCAGGUCAGAAGUGGGGAUAAUUGUUGAUGAUUGGGCAAUGUUUUCACCAUUCAUGACUCAUCAGACACUGAAGCAGUCCACAUUCAAAUCCAGCAAGAUGUGGUCAAUAUUUAGGCUUGGACUGGCAAGUGGCAAAUAGCAUUCAUAUUGCACAAGGGCCAGAAAAUGACCAUCUCCAAUAAAACAGAAUCUAGCCAUUGCCUUUAGCCAAGGGAAUGUAACUGAACAUCAGUCAACUCACGGAGGUUACCACUGAUGAGAAACUGAACAACCCAUAUAAAUAUUGUGGCUACAAGAGCAUAUCAGGGGCCAGGAAUUCCAUGGUGUGUAACUCAGCUCCUGGCUUCCCAAAGCUAAUCUUGAGUCACAAGUCAACAAUGUGUUGGAACACUGUCCACUUGACUGGAUGAAUGCAGCUCCAUUCAGGAAAGUCAAUUUCAUCUGGAACAAAGCAGCCUGCUUGAUUAGCAUCUGAUCCACCACAAUAAACAUAUAUAUGAUGCACAGCAAGAAAUCAUAUUUUAUGACACAUUUCAUACCCUGCACCCUCUAACACCACAGUGACACAUAUAUGGUGUUAUAAAGCGGAGAUUGACCCCUCUUCUGAGAAUUAAAGCCAAAAUAUCCAAAGUGGAAAAUCUUGCCUCAUAAUCUGUAAAACGAGUGUGAAAAGUGGUGUAAGCCGCUUUUCAGUAACUUCUAGCGGUUAAGUUAAAAUAAACUGGUGACAUUUGCUUCAAAUUGUUACUUGUUGAUUUUAUUUAUCUAGCUCUAAGUGAACAAAUUAACUAAAUUAUUAACAAAUGGAAUAAAUCCCUUCUAACUACUAACUAUUCCGAAGUAAAGCAAGAUUCUAAUGGUGUGCUGUUCCAAUAAAUACAGGUACCACUUAUAUUUAAAAAAAAAUAACUUAGUCUUUCUG